AUGCAUCACGCGGUUACAGCUACUACUAUCCUUCCUUUGCUUUGGGGGGUUGUGAAAGCAGCUCCAACUGCAACGGGGGUGGAUUCAGAAGCAAUAAGUCUGAGUACAUCUGUCCCGGAGGACGCGGGUCUGGCGGUUCUACACCCUUUUGUGUCAUUCUCAAUUGAGUUUGCGUUUUUUCCGGAUUAUGCGGGGAACCGAUCACAUCCGAAUUUAUUCUCGAAUCAGCUUUUGGAUAAUUUGGCCGAGUUGCAGGGUGAGAAGCCGUAUAUUCGGGUUGGGGGGAAUACGCAGGACUACGCGUUGUAUGACAAGGAUCUUCAGGCGGCGACAAAUGCUACGUACAUCACUAGCAUUGCUACGGAUUAUCCACUCAUCCUGUCUUUCGGGCCAGCCUUCUUCGAGUCGUACUUCACCUGGCCCGGGACGAAGUUUAUUCAUGGGUUUAACCUGGGGAAGAAUAGCUCGGCGGAUGUGGAGGUGAUGUUGGAGUCGGUAUCCGUGGCGUGCAAGGCCCUGGAAGGGGGCAAGCUGGCGUACUGGGAGCUGGGCAAUGAGCCGGAUUUGUAUAAGACAUCCGCGCAAGGCCCUGUGCGGCCGGCGAAUUGGACGGAGCAGGAUUACGUGGAUGAAUGGGUGAACAAGACCACGGCUAUCAAGCAGAGAUUGGCUGAGGCGUGUCCUGAGUUCGCCGAGUCAAAGUACAUUGCACCGUCAUUUGCGGGGGUGACGAAUAGCUUGAACCCCGUGGUGACGUGGGAGAAAGGCCUCGACGGGCAACGGAACAUUGCCCUCAACUCCGAGCAUAACUACAUCGGUGGCGCCACUCAGCCGGGAGUGACACUGCAGAAUACACUAAUGAACCAUACUAAGACGGUAGAAAGCGUCGCACAGCAGGUCAAUGUCUCUCGUAUCCUCUCUGAGGAAAGCCUGAACACGGGAAUCCCCUAUAUCCUGGGCGAGACCAAUUCCUUGUACAACGAGGGCGCGUCUGGACUGUCCAAUUCCUUCGGAGCUGCGCUUUGGGGCGUGGAUUUCAACCUUUACUGCGCCUCGCAGAGCAUCCGUCGAUCCCAUAUGCACCAGGGACUCAACUAUCGUUACAUAUCCUGGCAGCCUGUUGGGACGAAUCGCACCACAGUGGGAACGAAGGCGCCUUAUUACGGCAACGCCAUGGUGGCGGCCAUGCUCCACGGCGGAGAGGAUGUCCGAAUUGUCAAUCUCCCGCUGGCCGCGGAGACAGAAGCCGCAUACGCCGCGUAUGUGAAUGGCUCUCUGGUCCGAGUGGCCGUCAUCAACAUGGUGGAGUUCAACUGUACCUCGACUGAUUCGACCGCGGAGAAAGUGGAGAGCAGACCCAGCGCAAAGUAUAUGUUCCAGUUGCCUUCGUCUGAAUCGGCGUACGCCGCCUCGGUUUCAGUGCAGCGGUUGAUGGCGAACGGCAGCGACGCCAUCACGGGAAUCACCUGGGACGGCUGGUCUUACAAUUACGAGCUGGAGCAAGGCAAGCCAGUUCGAUUGCAGAACGUAACGACAGGCGAGGCGAUCUCGGUGGGCGACGAUGGGGUAGUGGAGAUCGGGAUUCCCUACUCCAGCGCUGCGAUCCUCAGUCUGUAA